AUAUUUCAAAAGAGAAAAUAAAAUCCCAGCACAAGUCAGAUCUAGUGAGGACAACGCCUGCUGGGCUGGCUGAACAGGAUUUGGGGGUUUCACUGCUGCUGCAAUCUCUUGCUCCCUGCGUGGAGUAGGAACUCGGGGGUGUGAAUGAGCUGAGACUCACGGCUGGUUGGAGAGCUGGUGACAAACACUCCGGAUUUGCCCCUCCAAAACGCCCAGCAACAACCCGACAGACACUCACUCAAACAGCUUAAAUUCCUCAGCAGCUUUUUAUCCUCGAAAGUACCGGGAGAUUGGACUGUUUCAGGGAGAAACCGGGAAGUGGCCAAGCAAAUGGUUUAUGGCUGAAGCUUCUCGGAACGGGACUGAUGUUUUACAAAGACUGCUGCUGCUGCUUCUCCUGCACGGACCGGGCCGUGGAGCCACAAAGCAAAAGAGAAUGACAGCAGAAGUCAGAGAGACGGCGCGCCACAAAGGAGGGCAAAGCGGGACGUGUGUGUGCAGGGAAGCAGUGCCCUAGAUCUGUGAAACAACUGACUUAUUCUGUCAUCCAAGCUCCUUUUUUUUAAUGCUGUUUGGGGCAGCAGUUCCUCAUCCCGCACCUGGAUAAACAAAGAGAAUGCAUUCACUGACAGCACAUCUCCAUGCGUAAAUGGAGAGGCAUAUGUGCGUAUUCGCCGCGCUUUUUCAUUGUGCUUACAAUAAAUGAUGUUUGUUCUGUCACUAACUCAUGUCCUGUCCCACGACCACACAGCUAUAGAUGCAUUAUAGACUUCCUCAUACUUCAUAUCUGCCAUGAGUGAUGGCGAUGCCUGCAGAAGCUUACAGCACCGGUGCGCAGAGUAGCACUCAUGAAAAAAGCUUCAGCGCACCGGAUCGCAAUGGUUAUGUGAAAACAUGUGUCAUCCCACUGUGCCGUGACCGGGACUAUGAGUCGUGGGUGAGGCUAAUGUUCACAAAAAUAUGGAGUUCCCAGAGACUCCGGAGCGCGGUGUGUGUGGGGUCGCUUUCGGUUUUUCUCGCUCUGUUGGUCAAAUGUGCAGACUGGAAGGCUGAAGGCAGCAGCAGCAGCGCUGACAACACACUCUCGCAUUCAUCGUCUCCCCUUCACUUGGUUUCGAGCUGCUCGGCGGAGCUGUUGCAAACUUGCUGGAGUGUGGUUUCGCCAUUGUUCACCCUUGUAUGUGCCUUCUUUUGGGUCGGUGUGUACUUAAUCCGCUGCGGGGUUCUAAUCCAGACCGCCCUCUCCCUCCUAACCUUGUGCCACCUGGGCGAAGUCGCGGCGUGCUCGCUUCUGGACGGGACAGAUGAGCGGCUGCUUUCGUUCACCACAGCGGCCGUGGUUGUGCUCAUCUGCGUGGCCACCGGCGCACUCAUGGUAGCGCGGCUGAAUCAGGGCAUAUCGGUGAUAGUUUUCAUCAGCGUGGUCAGGACUAUCUCGCUCUUCUCGCUGCACAAAGUGCGGGCCACUUGGAGACCGUACGUAGCGUACCUGGUUGGAGUGCUGGGCAUCCUGCUGGCGAGGUAUGCUGACAAGCUCCUUCCCAACCAAGGGAGACACAAGGAGGGCUGCACCCCCGUGACUGGAGCCAGGGAAGAGAUCCCUGUAUUUAAAAGGCGCAGGAGGUCCAGUUCUGUGAUAGCCUCAGACAUGGCACACAGUCAGUCCAACAGUAAGUCACAUCGCCGGACCUCUCUGCCAUGCAUCCAGAGGGACCAGAUGCUCCCCCGCUCAGAUUGGGACCACAAGAGAGGAUCCCGAGGAUCACAGUCGUCCGGCACCACCGUCAUGGUGGACAUAGCAGUGAUGGGAGAAGCCCACGGACUGAUCACAGACCUGCUGGCCGACCCCUCUCUGCCCCCCAACACCUGCACCUCGCUGCGGGCCGUCAGCAACCUGCUCACCACCCAGCUCACCUUCCAGCCGCUGCACCGGCCACGCCCCGCUCCCCUGCUUAACCCCAGCGAUGCCUAUACCUGCUCUGACUCAGAGGAGGGACCUGAGAAAGGAGAGAAGACCUCCAUUAACAAGCGUCUGAGGCGGAGUCUCCACCCUGGCCUUCUGAGGAGGAUCUCCUCCACGUGGACCACCACCACCUCCGCCACAGGACUGCCCACCAUUGAGCCCGGGCCUGUCCGGAGGGACCGCAGUGCCAGCAUUAAACCCUAUCAUGAAACACUCACCUGCAGUUGUGGGCGACCAUACAUCAGACUGAGCCAUGGGGAGGGCUCUAUAGACAAGGGAGACAGGAUACCACGAUCAGCAGAGGACCAAGUGGUGGUGUCAUCAGACUACGACAGCACCCACGAAGCCAACCACAGUGACAGCAGCGAUGUAGCACACACAGGGGAGGACAUUGAGGAAGGAAAAAACCCUUCCCAGAAUGUCAUCCUCCACGCACUAAUACCUCCUGAGGACAAACCAAUUCUGGCACCAGAGCCGUUAUUAAUGGAGGACUUGGAGCCGCUGAUGAGUCAGCUAAACAAUUGGAACUUCCCCAUCUUCACCUUGAUGGAGAGGACCAAUGGGAAAUGUGGGAGGAUCCUCAGUCAGGUAUCGUACAGGCUCUUUGAAGACACUGGCCUGUUUGAGACCUUUAAGAUCCCAGUAAAAGAAUUCAUGAACUACUUCCAUGCCCUGGAGAAUGGUUACAGAGACAUACCAUAUCACAACAGGGUUCACGCCACAGAUGUGCUUCAUGCAGUCUGGUACCUCACCACGCAGGCUGUGCCCGGUCUGCCCAGCCUCAUCACUGACCACGGCUCUGCCAGUGACUCAGACUCCGACAGUGGAAUAACGCACAGUCAUAUGGGCUUCCUGGUUUCAAAGACCUACACUGUGUCAGAAGACGGUUAUGGCUGCCUGUCAGGCCUCAUACCUGCUCUGGAGCUCAUGGCCCUUUAUGUGGCUGCUGCGAUGCACGACUACGAUCACCCAGGGCGGACAAACGCUUUCCUCGUAGCCACCAGCGCUCCACAGGCAGUGCUCUACAACGACCGCUCGGUCCUUGAAAACCACCACGCUGCCUCAGCUUGGAACCUUUUCAUGCAACAGCCGGAGUACAACUUCCUGGUCAACCUGGACCAUGUGGAGUUCAAACGGUUCCGUUUCCUGGUCAUCGAGGCCAUACUGGCCACUGACCUGAAGAAGCACUUUGACUUCCUAGCUGAGUUCAAUGCCAAGGUGGGUGAUGAUCCAUCUACAGGUAUCGACUGGUCCAAUGAGAAUGACAGGUUGCUGGUCUGCCAGAUGUGCAUUAAACUGGCUGACAUCAAUGGGCCUCUGAAGUGCAAGGACCUACAUCUGCAGUGGACGGAGGGGAUUGUCAACGAGUUCUAUGAGCAGGGUGACGAGGAGUCCAGCCUGGGCCUUCCUAUCAGCCCCUUCAUGGAUCGAGCAGCACCACAGCUGGCCAAACUCCAAGAAUCGUUCAUCACACACAUCGUUGGACCGCUUUGUAACUCGUAUGAUUCAGCCUGCCUCAUGCCCGGACGAUGGGUGGAGCCCAACCCAGAGGCAGAGGAGCCAGAGAUAGUGGAGAAUGAGGAGGAGGAGGAGGAGGAGGAGGAGGAGGAUACCGCCGAGGAAGACACAUCCACCAGCUCAGAAGCAUCACAAAAAGCCACUCCCAAGAAGAGGAGGAAAGUCUUCUGCCAGAUCACCCAGCACCUACUGGAGAACCACGAGAUGUGGAAGAAGGUGAUUGCAGAGGAGGCCCAGAAACAAGGCCAAGGAGCAGAGUCUGUCCAUUUAAACAAUGUAGCUGAACCAAUACUGGCCAUUCACGAGGAGGAGGAGGAGUCAGGCAGCAGAGAGGAGGUGGUAGAAGGAGAGGAUCCAGAGGAGGAAGUGGAGGAACCAGAGUGGCCCGAGUGUCUGAGGGGCAACUCUAAACCUCCCGAGGAACUAGAGGAGGGGGACCCACAGUGAAACAUCCCAGGGGAAAUCUGGCAUCAGUCAGGACAGGGAUGUGAAGAAGUAUUACUUUUUUUCUUGUCCAAUCAACUGACUCCUGUUUUUUGCCAGCACAUCACUUAGACACAACACUGUAGAUGUUUGGGAAAUGUGUGCCUAUACAGAAAAAAAAAAAAAAAAAACAGGGUGGGAAAAAUUGUGCUUUACACAUUUUAUCUGAAUAUGCGGUUUCACCAAACAUUUAAAGGAGCUUUCCAUAUUGCAAUACGGGAUUAUUGGUGUACUUUGGGAUACAGACUCUUUUGCUACUGUCAAGAGAAGAGCAAAGCCUGGUUGCACAGGCUUCAACCCAGUGUGGUAACACAGGACUGCAGAAAUUUGCUGCCAAUUUAUAUAUAAUUACUUUCUGAAUGCAGUUAUAUAUAGACAUCACAGUUACUUGUACUUGUGUUUCAAUUUUAGCUUUUUUUUGAGGCCUCACCUGGGCCAUGAUAUGUUUUUUUUUUUCUAUACAAGGAUUAUAAAGGGAGUCAAACAAAUGAGGAACAUUGGUGUAAUUUUCUUCCUUUCAUCUUCUGCCAAAAUUAAUCCCUCACCCAUGGGCUUCAGCAUACAAAAUCAAAUAUUUACUCAUAAUAUGUUUUACAUUUGUGGCCAAAUGAAGCACUUCACACUGUUCUGUGGAGCCACUUUAGUUUCACACAGAGGCUCGAGGCUCCUUUAUACACUUAAUACGUGUGUUCAUUUGUGUGUACCUGUUUGUUUGUUUUUUUAAUUAAUUUGCUCAUAUGCACAAUUCCUCUGCAGAGGACAUAGACACGCUCAGCAGUUUAACUUUAAUUUUAAAUACAGGCAAAUAUGGUAUCACUGUACCCAAACAUUGUACUCAAGAGACCUGCACUCAAAAGAAACAGUGAGUUGUUGAAAUGAAUCUGUGCUGAAUACAAGACCAAACGGAACAAAUACUAAUAAGUAUUGGGAAAAACUAAGCAGGUAAACAUUCAUUUCAAUACAUCAUACAGAAUCAUAAAUACUAAGCUAUCAAGUAAAAAUCCCAAAAUGAAAGUUAUUUUGAAAAGGCUGUAGAUAGACUAACCAACACCAUGUCCUUUUUCUUUAGUAUCAAUUUCUGACUUCCUCAUUACAUAAAUCCUGCAAACGAUGCUGAUCUUGAAUCCUCAGGAAAACCUCAGUUGUUGAGUUUCAGUGAAAUCUUGUGUGUCACUUGCGAGGGCAGUAAGUGAAAAACACACAGAGAUAACAAAGCGGUUUAAAAACGUGUUCAUAAAAGGCUGAGAACGAGGCUGACGUUAAUGUCACGCACCCCUCCAACUAUUUCUGUGAUCUUUGCACAUUGAAUCUGUCUGACUCCUCUGCUGGCACCUCAGGGAGACAUUCAUUAUCUUUGAGUUAAGACCAGGCACCACUCCAGAGUGCAUCAGUUGGACGUAGUUCAGCCAAAUAUAGAGCACAUCUGUUAUGGAGAGGAUACGUGAGCAAAUUAUUAGUCUGUCAGGUGACGUAGCUACGCCUCAAAAUAUUCAUCCAGUAGCGGUGGUGAAAGGUGACGAGAGCUGAAACAGUUGCCCAGAAUUAGCUGCUGUAGCUGUGUGAUGCCGGUAAAAAAGAUGGUUCCUUCCUUUAAUGAAAGCGAUAUACAGGAGGGGAUGUUUUUACAUAACAAUAAUGGCUGCAGUUUGUACUGUUUUAUCAGUUUUUCUUCUGUGAAACAUCAAAUCUGUCACAUCCCAUCACCCAUACGGUGCUCAGACCUUGUCAGUCAUGUUCUGUGCAACAUCUUUGUCUAGUGGUCGAACACAGUCACAUUUUCUUUCAAAGUGGUACUCAUAAGCUUCAACAAAUUAUUGUUCCAGUGUACUUGAAGACAAUAGCUCCAACUUUCAAACCGUCAUGUAAACCAAUUACAUAUCCAGCUUCACUGAAGUUUGACUUGAGCCUGGUGGAUGUUCCUUUAGUCGCUGAUAUCCACAUUGAAAGGUGACUAUAAAGAAUAAAGUAGUUCUUGAGCUGAAUGAGUUCUCUCUACACUGAGCUGGCGGGUCAACUUUCUGUCACGAGUGCAGCGAGGCCAUAUGUAAUGAAUUAUCUUCCACUAAUCUUGUCGAGUUCUCAUGACCUACAUGUACAUCUGAAUCUCACGCUGCACUUCUGCUCUUCCACCGUAAUCUCAUUUCUUUAAACACACGUCAGCCUGCGCACAUGCAUAUGACGGAGCUUGAUUGAAAUUACGUUGUGCGUUACAGAUGUAGAACAUCAUGUGCUUGUACCCUUGCAGAUCCUCGCAUCAACGUACUCACACAGUGUUCCUGGCCGCGGUGAACAGAACACUGCAUCCACAGUGGCCUGUUUCACUUCUGCCCUGCCUUUGCUACUGAGCGUCCCACAGAGCAGGAAGGUCCACACAAAAGCUCAGUAAUUGGUUGACAGACUGAUUAGUAAAACAUUGGACUGACAUUUACCCCAAACCGUAAAUCAGACCCGAAUUGUUAGAAGCCACUGAAUCAGAACAGCUGCAGUCUUUCUCCUUUUUUUUUUUUUGCCUCAAAUGAUCGUGCAUUGCCCAUUGCAUCUCAUGCAUGCUGGUUUUCUGUAUGUUGGUGCAUUUCAUCCCUAAUGAGCUGUAAUCAUUGUUACACACACAAUGGACACAUUGUAUUUAGCUUGACAAAAUAACCCAAAUGUUGUACAGGAAAGCUGUUCAGUACAACAAAGCCAUUUUAACUGAAGCGGUCCAGAAUUAGACAAACACCUUUUUCUUUCAGCCAUUUAUUUGGUUAGUACACUUACGUAAUUGCAACCCCAAUAAAACAGUCCUGCUUCGUGAAUGUAUAUAUACAGUAGUGUAGAGAGUGUACGUGCGAGAGCAAGACAGCAGUGGUUUCUUUGAAUUCUUCCAUCGGCCCCUCUAAUGUGACUCUGUCCUGUAUUUAGUUAUCUUGUACUGUCGGGGGAGAGAGGGAUGCUACUUUUCCUCACAAGCAGAGACGGUGAAGUAAUGAAGGGCAAAGUGAUGCAGUAAGUAGUUCAAUUCUUCACAGAUGCUCAGAUGAAAUUGUUAUUCACACAAGGUCCUAUAGCAUAUUUCUCCUUGCGCUUCCUCUUUGAUCUGCUUUGCCUCACUGGCACAAGUAGCAGAGCGUUCAUGGCACAGCAUCUCUCAUCUUUAAAGGUAAUUCGAUUCUGUCCACUGUUGUCGGCGAUCACGGUCUCCUACAGUGGACAGUGUGUGAAUUUUGCCCCGUGGCUACAUCUGUUUGGAGUCAGUACUUGUGUUUGAGCUGAUACAGUAUAUCAGUUUUGUAUUUUUUAUGUCUUAAUUUGUUUUUAUUUGAUUGUCAUGCUUAUUCACACGUGUACAAUAAGUGUAACCAUGGGAACCAAACAAGCUUUACAAUUAUGUAAACAAAAUGAGAUGAGUAUUUUUAUAUAGUUGACACAUGAUUAAAUAAUGAAUUGCUUUCUUCUCACUAGUACCUUGCACUUACCACAUGUACUAAGGAAGAAUAUGUCCAAAUACACAGUAUUUGUGAACGUAAAAUAAUUAAUUUCCUUGCAGGUUGAUGCUCCAUUUUGUACAAUAUACAUAUAUGCUGUACAGUAAAGAAAUUUUAAAACUACAAAAACUCUUUUAGAUAUACAUUAUUUAUUUUUACCAUUUUGUAAUUUAGACACUAUACUGUAGCUUCAAUAUUGCCAGACUUACUGGAAGUGCCUAUAUUGGUAUUAUGUAUCAUACAGUGAAUAUAUUUGAAGAUCAUUAGACGUUGUCACAAACUGAACCAUGUGGAUGUUGUAAUGUGAAUACAUUGAAUUACAAGAUUACAAUUUCUGUGGUA